UCAUACAGACCCAUGGAUCAGAUCUCACAGCUUUGUGCGGCUCCUGCGCAUUGGAAAUUCAGGAUCACUCGUCCGCGCACCACUCUGGACCAGACGACUGGCCCAAAGGAUGCUGUGACUGUUGGCAACCCAAAGAAAACCAAAACCGCUGCCGCUGCCGCCAAGCCACGCAUGAAGGAGUUGCACUAUGGAAAAUGCAAAGAGGAGCUCUUCCAGCCUCUUGAUGCCAACAUAAAGCAGCAAAAGGUCAACUAUCAAAAGAAAUGCGAUGCCCGAAAGCCCAACAAUGAAGCGGAUUACCAAGUUAGCCAGCGAUUUGGUGAAGCCGAUCUGGUUGAGAGUCUGGGCAAUGAUGUGGAUAUGGAUAGGGGCUUACACCACGGUGAUGCCGAUAGAGAGCUCUUUGACAAUGAAAAUUUCACCACAGAUGAUUCUGUCAUGAACCGAAUGUCGGCAGCGGACAUUGAAGAUACCAUGGACAUGAUGAAUAAGGAUUCAUGUGGGGAUAUGCCCAAUCAAAGCCAAAGCAUGCAUGAGGGUGAGGAUACAAUCAUGGAGAUAUCCACCGAAUUUAAGGGUGCACCAAGGCAGGUCAGCAAAGUGAUUGGGCCAUUUGCGAAGCGUGCCAAGGUGAUCGACAUGAAGAAUCUCAAGAACAGCUGCCAUUAUUUGAUCCAGAAACAAUUCCUCAGUUCUGUCAAUGAGGCAUCGAUACCCUCCCUCCCACUGUCAAAGGAAGAAAGCUACGCCAAGGGUACCGCCAGCUUCCAGGAGGUUUACCGAUCGUUGCCUGAUGUGUUGAGUGACGAAAGGAAAGAUUCUCUGUGCCCAUCCAGGGAAAAUUGGAGCAAAUCAAGUGUAGAUUAAAAUAGAGAAGUGUUCCCCCAGUUCCCAAAAAGAAGCAGAGAAUGAUCAUACAUUUAAAGCAGAUAAAUUACAAGGCACAUAGAUU